CACCAAAUCGUGAGAUCAUUGUGAUCAUGAGCCUUGUACUCAAAUCGUAUCAGGACUUUCUCCCUGCCCUGAUUGCAUGUCGACUUCUCAUCAGGGCUUCCAUCCGGCGCUAGGACCCAGGGUGCGCGAUUCCCAUCUCCAGCUGCUGCAGACCCAAAGCUCGGGCAAUAAGAUCGCGAGGACAAGCAACAACAACAAAAAAACAUUUUCCCAAAAUUUUUUUGCAACACCCCCUUUAUUUAUCCACAGAGCGCACUCGUCGGGACCACCGGCUCGGAAGCCACCCCCCUUCGCGCUCUCUCUCUCGGCGGACGACGGCUCGCUUGUUGCACCGUGUGCACACGCAGGCUUUGCGGCUGCACACAGCUCGGAGCGCCAAGCUUAUCCUUGUAUUUCAAGAAAAACACACGUCAGACAGACUCGGCUACCUUUUGAGGCAUGUCGUGUUAAAGAAACACCUAUGCAGGUGGAUUCUUCACUAAUGAAUGUAGGGGAUGGAGGCACGGUGAGCAGAGAGAUCAGUGCUCCGAAUAAAGGCUCCACGAGCAUGGUGGGAAAUCCUCCCCAAACGCUGCCCCUCGAAUUUCGAGGCGACGUUACCCUCGGUCAGCAAAACAAGACCGCUCCGACAACAGACUGUAAGACGGCGCGAGCCUGCCCGGACACCGGUAAUUACAACCACAGCCCGGAGCUUUCUCCACCCCGGCAGCUCAACAAUGAGCCAAUGUCAAGCUCGGCCCCCGCCGGCGCUGAGAAAAGGACAGACAAAAGAGCGGUAGAGGCCGCUAAACUCAAGGCCGACAGCGCGGGGGCCUUGCGGCGCUCUGCCGGCGUGAAAGUCAGUCGGGAGGACUCUGUCGCCAAUCCCGGUCACGGCAAGAAAUCCGCUCCAUCUGCUCCACCUGGUUUCCAGUGCUCCUUGUUCAAACCAGCCCAGCCAGUUGCCUUCCUGCCUUCCCCCGAUUUGUCCUCCCCCCUUUGUAAAAUCACUCUCCCACCAGCAUUGGAGCAGAUCGCAGCUCUGAGAGACGCUACAGCCAGCCAGUUUCCUAAAGACAUUCAACCUCAAACCUCAGGUGUAGCAGGGACGCCGCUCAUGCGGACCUAUCACUAUCCCUUUUCCAUGAGCCGGAUCCCGGAGAAAAAAGCCGCUAAAAUUAAAGCCAACCAUUCGUCCGGCAAGAACGCCAAAUCCGCUGGGGAGCGCAAGUCCAUACCCUCGCCGGGGAUCGCCCUCCCCUUGCAGCACCCAUCGCUAAACUCCACCACCCCCACCCGCUACACGUUGUCGCCCACUGCUGCCAUUUGCUGCGGUUCCGCGCUAGCCACCAUCGCCUCUCAGAGUCGACUCCUAAACCACGUGGAGAAGAGCCUCAGUCUCGACAAGCUCGCCAUUGACGCUCUGAAAACCGAGGACCACAGAGUGGCGAGUUCGCUCGAGCAGAGAGACGUACCGCUGGAUUUGUCGGCGAAAUCCAAACGUCCCAAAUGCACAAACGACCCUCCGCCUUCGACGAAGGAGCCUCAAAACAACGAGUCGACGAAAAUCGACUUUACGAACUCAAAGAGGACUCAUUCGACGACGUACGGCGCAGCUACGCAAUACCCUAUUUUGCCCAACACUCAGAGAAACGGAUCGCAUCAAAAACAGCCGAUCCGGCCUCAGAAUCACCAAGCUUCUGAACUCAAACCAACUUGGACUAAGGGACCUUCACAAGAACCUAUCAAAAAUAUUCCCGGAACUUACGUAGGCGUGGCUAGUCCCAUCCUGGCCUCUACGCUUCGCGGCAAAGACGGAAAAGGAACUUUUGCGGAUGAGUUCCAGAGCUUUGCCAAACAGGAAUACAUCUCGAUAAUCGAUCAAGGAGAACAAGUGGCAAAGAGGCCUCCCUCGCUAAAGCAUACGAGUGUCAAGCACGUUAAAACCACGAGCGCAGCCGUCUCCAAGAACUGUCCUCCAAAAGGAGCCCUGAUGACGGCUCUCUCAAGCACCGCCGAUACAAAACCCGGCAAAGCGGCAGGUCCGUACUCUGCGUGGCAACAGUCCAACUACCCUCCGCUUCAAGCGUCCUCGGCUCUAAGGAAAAUCGCUCCGGCUCCCCCGACGGCUAAAGGAACCGUGGAAAUUUCCAAGUUUGCCAGUCCAUCCAUGCCUACGGAACCUUCGUGGGAGAAACCGUCUCCGCUCACUAACCUUGCGUCCAUCGUGAAGCAGCAAGACUUCGAGACCGCCGCGUUGACGGCCGACGCUCGUGCUGUCGUGUCCAGAAAAGACAACGGUCUGACUUCUCAUAAAGACAUCCCGUCCAAACAGGCCUCUCAGUACGAACCCCCGGCGUUCCGGUCCGCGGAAAACUGGCCCGGAGUGCUGCUUCAAGGGGACGUGACUUCAUCCAGGAAAAAGCUGGAUAGGUCAAAACUUACCGAGACUUUGGAGGAUAACCCAGAAAUACAAACCUAUCAGGGAGAACAUAAACACGAUAUCUCCAAGCUGUUUGGACAGCCUCAUAGCCUCAGAAGCAACGCAUCCACCAACGGUAACAGGCUGGAUAGCAAACUAGCCCAAGUGUUGGAGGGGGAGGUGCUGAAAAAAGACAGCAGAGAGUCGGACGGACCGCGUGACGAAAACCUAGGAGGUUUAGUUGCAUCUAUUCUGUCGGGCAGAUCCCCGGAUCGGGGCGACGAUAAGAAAACAAAUGUAACCAAAGAGGAGUGGCCAACCAAAAAACAGAAGAAACUUAGUCCUAAGAAGCCGUCUAAGGAGAAGUCACCGGCUAAGAACACAAAAGAGAAGGAAAAAGACGUCACACCAACCAAAGUGUCUUCCCCAAAAAAGAAAAAACAUCAAACAUCAGAACUGGAGCAACGACUUUCCUCACCGAGCAAAGAGCAGACUGCGAAAGACGAUGGCAGCAGCAGUCCUGAGGGCGAAGACACUCGUGCCUUGAAGUCGGCCGCGACCACUAAGGAGGCCGUCGUUAAAGAGACGAGGUUGAGGAGAGGACGGCGACGUACGGACGACGCCAGACUAGACCUCUGGGGCUUCGCCACGCCUUCCCCCCCUCCGCCUCCUCCUCAUCGCGCCCCUUCGCCCCCGCGGACGCCGGCCCGCCGUCCGAGAGGGAGGCCUCGCUCCAACCGCUUGUCAGAGCGGGACGUCAGAGGCAAGGGCAAGGCGGAGGACGACGACGAUGACGCCCCGCCGCAUAAAAGACGGAGGCACUGCCGUAACAGAAAGUACCAGACGGGGGAGUACAUCACGGAGAAGGACAAACUGGAAGACGGAGAGCACCUUGACGAGUCCGACAGCGGAAUCGCGGCGGAUUCCCAGACGGCUCAAUGUCCGAGUCCCGUCGCUUCCAGUCCGGAGACGCCACCGAGGAGACCUUCUUUAACACGCUCGGGCUCGGUCCGAUACCUGGCCGGCGACCUGUCGCCAGAGCCCAACGACAAGCCUUCUGGAAAGAGGAAGUUCAAGAGUAAACAUCUGUGUGACAGCGACGAGCAAAAGACAAAGACCAAACGUGGCAGUUUGGGCAAACGCGGCGCCUCGGCGGCUCUGAGCGAGGACGCCGGCACGGAGAACGGUAGCCCACCGCCCCACGCCAGGAGCCUGCCGUCAUCGCCGUCCGGCAAAAAGAGCUCGUCGGGGAAAACCGGCAGCCCGGAAUCCCCUCCCAAAAGGCCCGUCCCUCCCGAGGUGCGGCGGCUGAUCGUCAACAAAAACGCCGGGGAGACGUUGCUCCAACGCGCCGCCCGUUUGGGUUAUCAGGAAGUGGUGCAGUACUGCUUAGAAAAGGAUAUCAGGGAGGUGAAUCGGCGGGACAACGCGGGCUACACCGCCCUCCACGAGGCGUCGUCUCGAGGUUGGACUCAGAUCGUCCAGAUGUUGCUCAAACACGGCGCCGACGUAAACUGCAGCGCUCAGGAUGGUACACGACCGCUUCACGACGCAGUGGCGAGCGACAACCUUCCCAUAGUGUGGCUGCUCCUCAAUCACGGCGCCGACCCGACACUGGCCACUUACUCGGGCCACACGCCGGUCAAACUGGCACAGAGCGCCACCAUGAAGACCUUCCUUACAGAGUAUUUCACCGAUCUGGAGGGGCGCAGCGAGCACGAUUCCACUUUGCACUGGGACUUCUACAGCAGCUCCUUGUUUGAGACGACGGGCGAGGAGCCCUGCUGGGACUUCCUGCUGUCGGAACAAAGCCAAGAGUCAGCGGAAGGCGAUCGAGAUUUCAACAAAGACAGCCUGGUGUUCGAGUUCUCCUCGGAACCCCUCCUGCCCUGCUACCACGUGCAGGUCUCUGUAACGCAGGGCUUCUGCAACUGGUUCCUACUUUCGGACGUGUUGAAACGUCUGAAGAUGUCCGCGCGAAUCUUCCGUGCCCGCCACCCUCACUUGGAGGUGGCCAGCCUGUCCCGCGCCGAACUGGGGCGGCAAAUUCUCGUCAGUCAAGUGGGCUCCCCGCUGGAUUCCCCCGGCGAGGACGGAGAAGACGAAGACGACGAGAGGGAAGACGGGAUGGUGGACUUGGUGCUCUGCGUUCCGGAGGUCCAAAGACUGCUGGGCUCCUCCAUUCACAUCUUGCAAGACGACGAAGACGAGGAGGAGAAGCCGGGCGAUCGGUAGCGACGAACUGGAAUAUUUCCGUCCGAGCUCUCAAAUGUUCAGGUUCCUCACUUGGUCUACAGAGACGCAAUAGACAAAACGCCUUCAUUUUCCUCCUCUCGCUUGAGGCGGACGGACCUCAGAGCUGCAACGACACAGUCUCGCCGAAUCAUUUUUUGGGGACUUUUCACGUGCGGCUGUAUUUUUUUCCCCCCUCGUUUUGUCGUGCUUUAUUUAAUGUUCCUUAAUAUAUUUGACCCGUCGUGUUUGGAAACGUUGCUUCGUACGGUCGGCGCUUCGACUUCUUAUUAGGAUCCCUUUAUACCCCCCCGAUCCCGGUUUGAGAACAGUAUUUGAGCGGAAAGUACAGUUUUAUUGUACUGGUGCUAUACUAGAUUUUUGUGUUGACAAUCAAUGGAAGUUUUGGUUUGGAAUCACAAACUUAAUAAAGGAAAAAAAUAUUUAAGAGACAUUAUGGAAGCAGAAUUGAGUCGAAAACAAAUGUGAGCCGACUUGCGUAAGACUUUUGAUUCUUUUAUAAGAAAUUCAAAAUAAAGCAUG